AAAAUGAGUGAGAAACCAAAACGUCCUCUAUCCGCCUAUAUGCUUUGGUUGAACUCAGCCCGUGAGCAAAUCAAAAAAGAAAAUCCCGGUAUUAAAGUUACGGAAAUUGCCAAAAAAGGUGGUGAAUUAUGGCGGGCCAUGAAGGACAAAUCGGAAUGGGAAGCCAAAGCCGCCCAGGCCAAAGAAAAUUACGAGGAAGCUGUUAAAGAUUUUGAAGCAAAUGGUGGCAGUACGGCAAAUGGCGGCGGUUCGGCCAAGAAACGUGGCAAAGCUGGUAAAAAGCCAGCGAAAAAGAGCAAAAAAGCCGCCGAAUCUGAAGAUGAGGAUGAUGAUGAGAGUGAUUAA